AGAGCCAUCCAGCCAUCGAGCCAUCGAGCCACAGUCAUAGCCCCUCGGCGACCCUCAGUUUUCCGCACCGAGGCGUCGUGGGCCAUCGUCGUCGUCGUGUGUUAAGUUUGUUUUGAGUUUUUCCGUAUCAAAAUGUGCAAAACGAUUUCAGUCUAAUUCAGACGCUCGUGCUGAGAAGACUUUUGGCCCUGUUUGUUGGCCAUAGAACACACAGAACACAGAGAACACGGAACGCCACUGAACUGAACUGAACUGAACACACUAUAAACCAAAACUCUGGACACACGAAGCGUAACGUAACGAAACGAACUGAACUGAACGGAACUGAAUUGAAAGAACGAGACGGGCUAAUUGCCAAAUGGCCACGUAGUGCGCGUAACGUAACGAAUACGUAAAACACACUUACACAUUAACACAGCGACACACAGACACCCACACACAGAUACUCACAUGUACAUGCCCACUCUCAGUUGAGCGUCGUAAUUGUCGCGGUUUUUUGAAUUCUUUUGAAGAAAUCAAACGCUAUGUGAAGAGCGAGCCGCGUUACGAAACGCGUUAUACGUAUUACGCUUACCGUCUACCGUUAUACGUUAACCGUUAACCGUUGAACGAUCAACGAUCAGCUGUAGACAAAAUGGCGUCGGCGCAGGCGGAAACGAAGGCGUCCGAGCAGGAAACCGUUAAUCCGAGGCAGCGCAAAGGAUCGGGAUCGGGCUCCCCGAAGAGCAAUCGCAGUUCGCCCGCUCAGCAGGAGGAGAAGCGCACGAAGAGCGAGGAUCGCACUUCUCCAAGUGGAGUGGCUUCGAAGGAUGAGGAUAAGGAAACAGGAGGUGGAGCAGGAGGAGGUGGCGGAGGAGGAGGGUUAGCUGGAGGUGGAGGAUCCUCACCAGUGAGCUCGCCGCAGGGCAGGAGCUCCUCGGCGGCGUCGCCCAGCUCCACGUCGCAGCAGUUCUGCCUGCGAUGGAACAACUACCAGACCAACCUGACCACCAUCUUCGACCAGCUGCUCCAGAACGAGUGCUUCGUGGACGUGACGCUGGCCUGCGACGGCCGCUCCAUGAAGGCCCACAAGAUGGUCCUCUCCGCCUGCUCGCCCUACUUCCAAACGCUGCUGGCCGAGACGCCCUGCCAGCACCCCAUCGUGAUCAUGCGGGACGUCAACUGGUGCGACCUCAAGGCCAUCGUGGAGUUCAUGUACCGCGGCGAGAUCAACGUGAGCCAGGACCAGAUCGGUCCGCUCCUCCGCAUCGCCGAGAUGCUGAAGGUGCGCGGCCUGGCGGACGUGACCCACAUGGAGGCGGCCACGGCGGCGGCGGCAGCGGCCUCCUCGGAAAGGGUCACCUCCCCCAAGGAGGGCACCUCCUCCACUUCGAGGACCGAGAACGAGCGGGAGGCCGAGGAGCUGCUGGCCUUCAUGCAGCCGGAGAAGAAGCUGCGCACCGACUGGGAUCCCGCCGAGCUGCGACUCUCUCCGCUGGAGCGGCAGCAGGGCAGGAACGUGCGCAAGAGGCGGUGGCCCUCCGCCGACACGAUCUUCAAUCCGCCCGCACCGCCCAGUCCGCUGAGCAGCCUGAUAGCCGCCGAGCGGAUGGAACUGGAGCAGAAGGAGCGCGAGCGGCAGCGGGACUGUUCGCUGAUGACGCCGCCACCGAAGCCACCGUUGAGUGGCGCCUCCGCUGUGGGCGUGGCCAGUGCCGCCCGGCGAUUGGAGACCGCCAUCCACGCUCUGGACAUGCCCUCGCCGGCCGCCACGCCAGGACCUCUAUCCCGAUCCUCGCGUCCGCACUCGCAGAGUCCCCAGCAGCAGCCACAGCAGCAGCAGCAGCAGGCCCAGCAUCCGUUGCCGCUGCCCCUGCAUCCGCACCACCACGCCCCGCCCGCCCCCCAUCCCGCCCAGGCCUCGGGCACGCCCCACCAUCCGCCCUCGCCCGCCGGAGACUCGCGGUUUCCCCUUGGACCCGCUGCCGCCAUGGCCGCCGCCAUGGAGCUGAGCGGCCUGGGCCAGGGGCCGCCCGCCGAGCCACGCCUCCCGCCCCCACCGCCGCACCACCACGGCGGCGGAGUGGGCGGCGGGGGCGUGGGCGGAGUAGGAGUCGGAGGAGGCGGGGGAGUGGGCGCGGGCGGAGGAUCGUCGCUGGCCGAUGACAUGGAGAUCAAGCCGGGAAUCGCCGAGAUGAUUCGAGAGGAAGAAAGGGCCAAAAUGAUAGAGAAUUCGCAUGCCUGGAUGGGCGCCACCGGAUCCACGCUGGCAGCAGACAGCUACCAGUACCAGCUGCAGUCGAUGUGGCAGAAGUGCUGGAACACCAACCAGAACCUGAUGCACCACAUGCGCUUCCGCGAGCGGGGACCCCUCAAGUCCUGGCGUCCCGAAACCAUGGCCGAGGCCAUCUUCAGCGUGCUGAAGGAGGGACUCUCCCUGUCGCAGGCCGCCCGCAAGUACGACAUCCCGUAUCCCACGUUCGUGCUCUAUGCGAACCGGGUGCACAACAUGCUGGGUCCGUCCAUCGACGGCGGGCCGGACUUGAGGCCCAAGGGACGUGGCAGGCCGCAGAGGAUCCUACUGGGCAUCUGGCCGGACGAGCACAUCAAGGGCGUCAUCAAGACGGUGGUCUUUCGCGACACCAAGGACAUCAAGGACGACAGCCUGGCCGCUCACAUGCCGCCCUACGGUCGACAUUCGGACCUGCCAUUGAGCUAUCCCGGCGCAAGUGGCGCCCUGGCAGGCACGCCCAGCUCCUUGGCCUGUCCGAAUGGCAGUGGUCCGCAGGCGGGCGUGGGUGGCGAGCAGCACAUGUCGCAGGAAACUGCCGCUGCGGUCGCGGCGGUGGCCCACAAUAUCCGGCAACAAAUGCAGAUGGCAGCGGUGGCGCAGCACCAGGGAUCCCAGCAUCAGCCCGUUCCGCCGGGCUUGUUUAAUCUACCACCCCAUCCUGGAGUGGGUGGUGCGAUACCAGCCUCGUCCAUGCAACGCGAUGCCCAUCCUGCCGCCCUCCGAGAAGCGCAAUUCCAGGCGCGGAGCCAAGGAGGUGGCCACAUCGCACAGCAGCUCCAUCUGCAGCAGCAGCAACAGGAGCGUAGACCUUGUGGUUGUCCCUUUGGCCCAUGGCCAUGUCCACAUCACCAUCAUCAGCAGCAUCAUCAGGGCCACCAGGUGGCCCACAAGGCCGGUUUCGGUGCCAGUUCCAGUUCCUCCACCUCCUCCUCGAUGGGCCAGCAUCCGCCCAAGGCCAAAGGCAGUCCGCUGCGCAGCGAAACGCCGCUGCUCCACUCCCCGCUCGGCGAUCUCGGCCUGAACAUGGCCGGCUACAAGCGGGAGUUCUCGCCCAGCCGCCUCUUCGCCGAGGACCUGGCCGAGUUGGUGGGCGCCAGUGUCUCAUCUUCCUCGUCCUCGGCGGCGGCGGCGGGAUCUGCUCCACCGGAAAGGUCGGCGGCAGGAUCCUCGGCAGCAGCGGGCGCCGAUGCGCCCAGUUCCUCCAGCAGCGGUGGCAUCAAAGUGGAGCCCAUCACCACCACUAGCGAGUAAAGAGCGGAUGAAAUGAAGCGAAUGAUAAGUGAGAGUUAUGAAAGGACAAUGAGUGAAAGCAGGCCAACUAAAACCAGAAGCUCUAGCAGCUUCACUUGGCAUAUGUGCACCUAUAACUUGGUUAAUUUACUUAGUUUUAAUUUGUGAAACGAUUACCAAUGUAAAGUUUUUUUUAUGUUGUCUGAAAGGCUGAGUUAAAGUCAAGUUAUUCCGUAUAAAAUCAGCAAAUUAUAUUAUAUAAACUUAAUCGUUCAUAAAAAAAAGGGGAACCAUGGUUCAAAAUAUAUCCGCAUUUCGUUAACCCGCUCCGUUUAAUGUGAAAGACAUGUAAAUAAACUAAAUUUAAGGGAUAAGUCAAAUUAAAAGGUUUCUUCCUUCAACUAAUGUAUUCCUUUGACAUCAGACAUUUCCUAAAAUUGGUAUGUAAACGAAUUUAUGCAUAAGCUUUAAACGAUUAUUCAAGUUAGCCGAGAUAUAUGUGAACAUAUGCCACUUUUCCUCUAGUUUCCACGCGAUCUUCGUCACUUAGUUUAUAUUCCUAGCGUACUUAUUGAAUCAAAAUUGAAAGUAUUAUUAUGUUAUAGUCCAUCAGUCUAACUAAAUAAAUAGCGAUCGAUCUCUUUAGUUUUAAGGAGCAGCGGAAGUGAAAGGAGAACACCCGGAACAUUCCACACACCAAACGGUAAUGAAAUUUAAAUUUAAAUCGAAAUCGAAAUAGCAACAGAAACCAACCCCAGCAGCAUAAUAUUAAUUAAAUGAACAAGAAAUCAAAAGAGUUUAAGUGUAUUUAACUUGGUAAUUGUGUGCCCGACUUUUGUUUAGUCUAUAAUUUACACGAAGCGAGAAUGAAAAAAUGUACAAAAUUAUUGAAAAAGAGAAAAACGAAGCACUUGGAAUGGCUUCAAACGCAAAUGGAAUCAACUAAAUUUAAUGUUUAGGCUUAACGAAAAAAAGAAAUUCACAAAAAAUGCCUUUCGGAAUUAAAUUCAGCGAUGAAUACACCGCAAACAAAAUUUGUAAAAAGAAUGAAACAAGAAACAAAACAAGUGAACGUUUUUUAAACAUAUUUAUACAAGCGAAAUUUUUAGACAAAAUUUAGAAGCAAAAUUUUUUAUAACGACUGCUGCUGCGAACCGAUUGAACUUGCGGCCCUUGAUUUGAGAUUAUUGGAUCCCCAACGUAGUCCCUGAUUAUUAACCCCCUAAAGCCCCCACUAGAUCCCCUUCUAAAGUGCCUUUUCUAGCCUUAAUUUGGACUCUGCUCCACUUCUGUCCCGGCCGAAAGUCAGUCCGCGGUCUCGCAGCAGGAUUCGUUGGUUUAUUUGACAAGUCUGGCGACAUUAUGAGGAUUGAAUAUCGAGAAGUCAUACACAUAUAUUAUACUUAGUUUGACCCCUUUAGGCAUACUUUCGGCAGCGUUUCGUUUGGCAAGCACACAAUUGAUUAAUCGGACAAGAGUUAAUUACGAUAAUGGAUAAACACAACUAUUUUUGCAUACGCAAAAACAUCUACCAUAGCCAUAGCCCGUAUAUAAACACACACGAUAUAUAAGUAUCUAUGUAAUCCCCGGUCCCCCCAAUAGACUUUGAUGUUCCACACACGUAUCGAAACUUAACGAAUUACUUUCGGAAUAGGAUGUAAUAUAAACAAUGGCAAGAGCAAGAGUUAGCGGUUAAAAAUCUCCUGGAUAUGUGUAUCUUUAUACGAUCUGGACCAGCGUCCAAGUCCAAGUCCAAAACUCAACAUUUUCUAUCAACUUUAGUGCAAACUUUAUGUUCAAAUUAACUUUAAAUGUCGAAAUGAAUGUUCUAAUUAAUCCAAGAAAACAAAAAGCGAAAUGCGAAAAAUGAAAAACCGAAACGAACAAAAGUAUUUUAUAA